AGACACACAUGACCCAGGAGGGUAACUGACACAUGGAAAGAUACAGAAGCUGAGACAAGCUCAGUAACUUGGGAAUUCCACUCACUGUAAUAGGACAGGGUUAACUGCUGUAUACUUAAUAUCAUCUGCAGAAAAACACAAUGGAGCUAUAUUAAAUGGGCAAUUUAACCAUCAGAUUUAUUUUUCUUACCUGAGAUUUUUGAAUUUAAUUUUUUAAUGCGUAUUUAUUAAACUGUGUUCGAAAUCUCAUCCUCUAGUGGAUUUUUAGAGCUUUUUCUACCCCCCCACUACCCUUUUGCAAUUCCCAAAUUUCAUUUGGUAAAACUGAAAGAUUAGAGAAUGCAAGCUGGCGAGGCUGGUCCGGAGGCAGGGUUAGAGAGAGGGGAGAGCUGAGCGCCGGCAGAGGGAAACAGGAAUUGGGAACCAGACCGAACUGUCAUGCAGACUGGAGCUGUUAGUCUGUUCUUGCUCCUGGGAUGUAUCGCCUGCAGCUCAGGAGGAGCAGACAGGCAGAAGUCAGAAGCAUCGCGAUGUAUUGGACAGCCCUGCAAUCCUUCAGUUGGGAACCUGGCAGUUGGGAGGUCAGUGCAGACCCUAACCACAUGUGGCGAACAUGCCACAGAGUUAUACUGCUCCUUCCUCAACAGUGAGGGUCCCAGGGACCUCGGCUCCAGCUGCAGACACACAACCUGCUCCAAGUGCAAUUCCAAGCAGCCAGGAUAUUCCCACCAGGCCUCAGACAUGACUGGCAACUCCUUCCGUCAACGGGAUAGCUGGUGGCAGUCUACCCAAGGUGUGCCCAGGGAAGAGAUCCGACUGGAUCUGGAAACGGAAUUCUACUUGACGCAUGUCAUCCUGGUCUUCAAGUCACCCAGACCAGCAGCCAUGAUACUGGAACGCUCCCAGGACUUCGGGCACAGCUGGAGGCCCUACAAGUAUUUUGCCAGGAAUUGUACAGAGACGUUCGGGAUGGUGGAUGACUCUGAGCUGCAGAGCUCACUCUGCACCUCCAGAUACUCCGACCCACUGCCCUGCUCCAACGGCGAGGUAAUAUUCCGUGCCUUAUCCCCCGCCAACAGGAUAGAAAAUCCUUACAGUCCAGACGCUCAGGACCUCAUGAAACUCACCAAUCUCCGUCUGCACAUGCUGAAACAGCAGGAGUGCCCUUGCCAGCCUGGGACACUAAUCGAGAAGCCCCAGAGAUUUGCCCAUUACGCAGUCUACAACUUGAUUGUCCAGGGAAGCUGUUUUUGUAAUGGGCACGCUGAGGAGUGUCAGCCAUCCGAUGAGGCCAAGCAAAGAGGCAGGAACACAAAUACCAUGGUGCACAGCAAGUGUGUCUGCAGGCAUAACACAGCUGGGGACCACUGUGAAAGGUGCGCUCCCCUCUACAAUGACCAGCCAUGGCAGCCGGGGGAUGGAAAAACUGGAGCACCAAAUCAAUGUGCAAAAUGCCAAUGCCACGGACAUGCGAGGAGCUGCUGGUUCGACCACAGAGUCUGGUUGGCAUCGGGCAAACAGAGUGGAGGCAUCUGUCUCUCCUGUCAGCACCACACAGAGGGUCGGCACUGCCAACGCUGCACGCCUGGUUAUUACAGAGACCGCGAGAAACCACUCUCAGCACCAGACGCCUGCAAACCCUGCUCCUGUCACCCAGUGGGAUCAACCAACUCGUCGUUUCACAGAAGCUGGAAAUGUGAUGCAAAGAGCGGAUACUGUUACUGCCGGCCUGGAGUUGGGGGCCCACAGUGUACCCAUUGCCUGGUGGGCUACUGGGGUUUCGGAGAGUCAGGAUGCCAACCUUGUGAGUGUGCAAGAGCGUGUGACCCCCAAACUGGCCAGUGCCUGGACAGCUUUGAAAAUGAACAGAUUCACAAUAUCCCCAUCGGUGGUCGAAUUCCAGACCUGAUUGACUUCCCGUCUAGUGAGAGCGCAGGGGACCGGAGCUGGGAAGAUGAGCAGGGAUUCUCGGCCCUUCGACACUCUGAGAAGUGUGUAUGCAAGGAGGUGUUACUGAGAGAUGCUGCGUAUUUUUGUCGGAUGAACUACACCUAUGUCAUCAAGGCGAGAGUUCUUUCUGCUCAUGACAAAGGAACUCAUGCUGAGGUCAACGUCAAGGUAAAGAAGGUGAUGAAAACUGGGAAAGUGAAAAUCACCCGCGGCAACUGGAGCAUUUAUCCGGAGUCCUGGACGAAGCGGGGAUGUACAUGCCCCUUAAUGAACCCUGGCACGGAUUACCUGAUCGCAGGCCAUGAGGCAGGCCACGUGGGCAGACUCCUGGUCAACAUGAAUAGCCUCGUCACGCCCUGGAGAGCAGGCAUGGCCAAAUGGGUGACACACAACCUGCAAUGGAGCUGCAAGUGACUGCACCGCAUCGACACCAGCAUUGAGCUUCGUCUCUGGAGUCUCACCGUUCACUGCAUUGUGUGUGUAAAUGCAUCCACCUCCCCAACCCACACUCCCUCCCCAAUCACCCAAGGUCCAGGGUGAAGUGUCUCUGGAAAACUGCAAGAUGGUACCUCUCCAGCUCCCUUCUCCAAACCGUGGACAAGCCAUGCACUUGGCAAUGACUGAACACUUCCAUCAUCUCUCCUUUUGGCCUGACUGUUACCAUGAGCCCUGACCAUCAAACAAUAUGAUAACAACAUGUCUGACACUCCUUCCCUUCUGUUACUGCUCUGUUGUCUGAACACUGAGUGCUCAGCCUCUGCUCUAGGUAGCACUGUGCUUGGAGUUCAUAUCUACAAUGGUUUCUCAAACCCAGCACUUUCUGCUGCUCUGGAUCCAACAUCCAUAUGAUUUUUUUUCUUCCCAAGAUGUUGCUAUAGUUUGUAUUUUCAGUACUUUCAGAAAUUAUUUUGUAAAAAUAAUUAAACAAGAUUGUUGUUUUCUAAACUGCAA